AUGCACAUGUUCUUCUUCUUCCACAUCAUCAACUCCUUCGAGGAAGGCGAGAUCGUGUACCUGGACGUGGUGUGCUACAACGAGCCGCCUGUGGGCUUCCCCUUGCGACAGGCCCGCUCCGGCGAUGUUGAGGACUGGCGAGGCGGCGGCGGUGAGGUGCGGCGGUUCGCGAUGAACCUCAAGACCGGCGAGUGCUCAUGGACUGGCUGGCCGGACAACUGCUUCGAUGAGCCCAAGAUCAACCCCAAGGUGGAUGGCGUGAAGCACCAAUUCAGCUGGGGUGUCAUCGACGACAACGGCAUGCCUCUCGGCCGAUGGGCGCUGCAUGUGGCCGAUGAAAUUUUCGUGGGGCGCCGCCCUUUGAACCCCACCCCCUAA